GUCCCGCCGUCGGACGGAAGCCGAGCCGGACGCGCGGCGGCAUGUGGCCGGGAAUCUUGGUGGGGGGGUCCCGGGUGGCGGCCGGCAGGUGCCCCACGCUGGGGCCCCUCCUCGCCGCUCGUUUCCCCUCGCAGCGGACGCCCGAGAGCGACCUCGCCCCGCGGCGAAGCCUGCACGCGACGGCGGCCCGGGCUCUUCCGCUCAUCCCCAUAGUGGUGGAGCAAACGGGUCGCGGCGAGCGCGCCUACGACAUCUACUCGCGGCUGCUGCGGGAGCGCAUCGUGUGCGUCAUGGGCCCGAUCGAUGACAGCGUGGCCAGCCUGGUCAUCGCGCAGCUGCUGUUCCUGCAGUCCGAGAGCAACAAGAAGCCCAUCCACAUGUACAUCAACAGCCCCGGCGGUGUGGUGACCGCGGGCCUGGCCAUCUACGACACGAUGCAGUACAUCCUGAACCCCAUCUGCACGUGGUGCGUGGGCCAGGCCGCCAGCAUGGGCUCCCUGCUGCUCGCCGCCGGCAGCCCCGGCAUGCGCCACUCGCUCCCCAACUCCCGCAUCAUGAUCCACCAGCCCUCUGGGGGCGCCCGGGGCCAGGCCACAGACAUCGCCAUCCAGGCCGAGGAGAUCAUGAAGCUCAAGAAGCAGCUCUACAACAUCUACGCCAAGCACACGAAACAGAGCCUGCAGGUGAUCGAGUCGGCCAUGGAGAGGGACCGCUACAUGAGCCCCAUGGAGGCCCAGGAGUUCGGCAUCUUGGACAAGGUCCUGGUCCACCCUCCCCAGGACGGCGAGGACGAGCCCGAGCUGGUGCAGAAGGAGCCGCCCGCGGCGCCCACGGAGCCUCCCACCCCCGCCAGCCCCUGAGCCUGCGAAGCCGGCGCAGAGCCCGCCACCCAAGGACCUGAGGGGCCCCACGCUGCCAGUGAGGGCAGCCCGGAGCCUGCCUGCGAGGGACUUUGCACUCCUGGCUGCCCUGACUGGCAGGCGGCCGGCCCGAGACACUGUGAUUUUAAAUUAAAUCUUUGUGGUCUUUGCUGGACGUCUGCAGCACCUCCCUGUGGGGCCCUGAGGGAAAGCCGCCUGCAGGGAGUGGGAGAGGGUUCCGCUUUUAUGGCUGGGGUCAGGGACAGCCUUGCUGAGGCGGGGAGGUGGGCCGGGGUCAGUAUCUUGGGAAAGAACAGGGGCACAGCCCGUGCAAAGGCCCUGGGGCAGGGCUGCUGGACGUGAGAGGGGAACCACGCAGAGGCCAGGGGCCAUGGGAGAGAACAGAUGAGAGAAAGUAGGGUUAACGAGCUCAUCCCAGGUCGUACCCACCUUACCGGAGAGGUGAGCGGGAAGGCUUUGAAAGCAAAAAACCCCACCACGCAGUGGGUAAAGUCAAAGCCUGCAGUGCCAGCAUCCCAUAUGGUCACCAGUUCUAGUCCCAGCUGCUCCACUUCCAAUCCAGCUCUCUGCUGUGGCCUGAGGAGGCAGUGGACGAUGGUCCAGGUGCACCCACAGGGGAGACCCAGAAGAAGCUCCUGGCUCCUGGCUUCGGGUCCCCUUGGCUAUGGCUGUUGCAGCCAUUUGGGGAGUGAGCCAGUGGAUGGAAGACCCCUCUCUCUCCCUCCCUCCCUCCAACCCCCUUUCCCUGUAUCUUUGAAAUAAAUAAAUAA